UCUAGUCUCUCGGUCUAUAAUGGUAUAAAAGGACAUCCAGAAAUAAUGGCAGUUGGGUUAAUUGAUGAGAGAGAAAGUAAAAGCAGAGGCACAAACAGACCCAUUCGGUAGUAUUCUCAGUACCUUCCAUUUCCAUCACUCCAAACCCAUUGCAGAAGCCAAGUUUUUUUCCAUUCUCACUCCCUUCACACACACAUAUAUAUGUAUGUGGAAGUCUUCUUUGAAGAGAAUAAUAUUAUUGUGUAAUGUGUAGCUUGAAUGAGCUACGAAUAUGCUCGAUUGCUGACUUGAAUCUGUCAAUUUUGUGUGGAGAUCUGGUUUACUCAAAGGUUUUUCUGCUGAAUUAGUUUUUCGUGCCUUUGAAGUCCAAAAUUAGGGUAUUUCGGUGGUUAUUGCUUCGAUUGUCUGUGAGUGAUCAGUGAAGCUGAAAUCUGAAGAGUUCGUCAUGUUUUUAGGAAUUAGAAGCUCAUGACCUUCGGGUAGAUGAGAAUCGGGAGGUUUCUAGAGUUGAAGCAAGCAAUAAGGGUUUGUGUGAGGGUUUUUUUUUGGGGUCUUGACUCUUGAGCUGGAAAUGUGCAGGUUAAUUAGUUGAAAAUUUGUCAACAUGAAGUUCUUUAUUACAGAUUGGUGUAUUUGGGUUUGGACGAAGAAGAUCAAGAACGGAUGAAGCUGAAACCCAUCGUGGUUUGGUUGAAGAUAAUGGAAUCAUUGUUUCUUAGCACCAAAUCUGGUUGGUAGGAGGUGGUAAUUUUGCAUAGUACAUUCAGAUUUGGGUGGAUUUUGGGAGGGCACAGUUAAUGUAUGAUGGUGUUUUUAAGUGGGAAGGAAGUGGAUGAAGCGGUUGUUCAGCUCUGUGGGUGUCUUCUUUUGGGCUACCUAGUACUGAAUUGUUGGUGAUACUACUAGUUUCGGGUUUGGUUUUGUGACUCCAAAUUUGGGGUUAUAAUUUUUUUGUUAACUCUGCAAUUAUGAGGCGCUUUUCUAAUGGUUUGUCGCCUGAAGGGGAGAAUAUAUGUCUAAAUUCCGAACUUUGGCAUGCAUGUGCGGGUCCUCUCGUUUCCCUACCUGUUGCUGGAAGCCGUGUAGUAUAUCUCCCUCAGGGUCAUAGUGAGCAGGUUGUUGCAUCGACGAACGAGGAAGUUGAUGCCCAUAUCCCUAACUACCCAAGCUUACCUCCACAACUCAUAUGUCAGCUUCACAAUGUGACCAUGCAUGCAGAUGUGGAGACAGAUGAGGUAUAUGCUCAAAUGACCUUGCAACCACUGAGCCAGCAAGAGCAAAAGGAUGCCUUCCUUCUAGCAGAUUUGGGUGCCCCCAGUAAACAGCCUACAAAUUAUUUCUGCAAAACAUUGACAGCCAGUGACACAAGUACUCAUGGAGGGUUUUCAGUUCCUCGCCGGGCAGCUGAAAAAGUGUUUCCUCCACUGGACUUCUCCCAGCAGCCUCCAGCUCAAGAGCUAAUUGCACGGGAUCUGCAUGAUAAUGAAUGGAAAUUUAGACAUGUAUUUCGUGGCCAGCCGAAGAGGCAUCUUCUUACAACAGGAUGGAGUGUGUUCGUAAGUGCAAAAAGACUUGUUGCGGGUGAUUCAGUCCUUUUCAUAUGGAAUGAGAAGAAUCAAUUGCUCAUUGGUAUCCGGCAUGCUAAUCGGCCACAAACUAUGAUGCCUUCUUCGGUUAUAUCAAGUGACAGUAUGCACUUGGGGCUUUUUGCUUCAGCAGCUCAUGCGGCCAAAACUAAUAGUCCCUUCACCAUUUUUUAUAAUCCAAGGUGUGUUUCGUUGCAAGUAGGCAAAUUAUAUAUUUUGAAGCCUUUCAUGAUUUGUAAUUUUCAAUCUCUUAAAUUCAGGGCUAGCCCAUCAGAAUUUGUCAUACCUCUGGCCAAAUAUGUUAAAGCAGUCUAUCAUACUCGAGUUUCUGUUGGCAUGCGUUUUCGAUUGCUGUUUGAAACUGAAGAAUCCAGCGUUCGUCGCUGCAUGGGCACUAUAACUGGCAUAGGUGACUUGGAUCCUGUUCGAUGGCCAAACUCACAUUGGCGCUCAUUGAAGGUUGGCUGGGAUGAAUCUACAGCUGGGGAAAGGCAGCCGAGAGUGUCCUUAUGGGAGAUUGAACCACUAACAACGUUCCCUUUGUAUCCAUCCCCAUUCAGCCUCAGAGUUAAGCGACCAUGGCCACCUGGAUUGCCCUCUUUCAGUGGAAUCAAGGAUCAAGAUCUGGGAAUGAAUAAUCCACUCAUGUGGCUUCGUGGAGAUAAUGGGGACUGUGGGAUCCAAUCUCUCAACUUUCAGGGAAUUGGUGUCUCUCCCUGGAUGCAGCCAAGGCUUCAUGCCUCCAUGCUUGGUAUGCAAGGUGACAUAUAUGACGCUGUGACUGCUGCUGAUCUUCAAGAGAUGAGGGCUGUGGAUCCUUUUAGACAGGCACCUCAAUCCGUUAUGCAAUUCCAGCAAGCCCAAAGUGUCCCCAACAGACCACCUGUAUUAAUGCAGCCCCAAAUGUUGCAGCAGUCUAUGCCUCUACCCACCUUUCUUCAAGGUGUUCAGGAGAACCAGUCCCAUUCCCAGGAUCUUUAUCUGUCUCGUCUUCUUCCACAACAAUUGCAGCACCAGCAUUCAUUCACUGAUCAACAGCAGCAGCAGCCACCGCUAUCACAACAACAGCAACAGCAGCGGCAAAUGGUUAAUCAUCAGCACACUUUAGGUGUUGUCUCUAACCCGUCUCAGUUUGAUUCAAGCUCUCAAGCCCAGUCAUCCUCAUUGCAAGCCAUCUCUUCCAUGUGCCAUCAGCAGAGCCUUUCAAGCUCAAAUGGGAACCCUGCUACCGGUCCUAUUGUUUCUCCACUACAGUGUCUUUUGGGUUCACUCUCCCAGGAUGAAACAUCCCACCUGCUCAACAUCCGUAGAAACGAUGCCCUGUUGUCUUCUGCAGGCUGGCCAGCAAAGCGUGUUGCGAUCGAUCCUCUUCUUCCCUCUGGACAAUCACAAUGUAUUUUGCCCCAGGUGGAACAUUUGGGACCCUCCAAUACAGACAUCUCUCAGAAUACUGUUUCAUUGCCGCCAUUUCCUGGCAGAGAGUGUUCAAUUGAUCAAGAAGGGAGCAAUGAUCCCCAGAGCCAUACUUUAUUUGGGUUUAAUAUAGAUUCCUCAGCUCUUCUAAUGCAGAAUGGGAUGUCCGGCCUUAGGGGAGUUGGUAGUGAUAGUGAUUCCACAACCAUACCAUUUUCUUCUUCGAAUUAUUUAAGUACUACAGGCACUGAUCUUUCUUUUAAUCCAGCAUCCACACCUUCUAGUUGUAUUGAUGACUCGGGUUUCCUGCAGUCUCCUGAAAAUUUGGAUCCAGCAAACCCACCAACUAAAACCUCCUAUGUUAAGGUUUACAAGUCAGGGUCCUUCGGAAGGUCACUUGAUAUCACCAAAUUCAGCAGCUACCAUGAGCUGCGCGGUGAGCUUGCUCGCUUGUUUGGCCUUGAAGGCCAGUUGGAGGACCCUGUGAGAUCAGGCUGGCAGCUUGUAUUCGUUGACCGGGAGAAUGAUGUUCUUCUCCUCGGUGAUGACCCCUGGCAGUGA